GCCUUAACAGAAACGCUCUGAUGGCUCGAGAGAACAGGCUUAGGAAGAAAGCAUAUCUCGAGAAAAUAGAAAGCAAACUGUCAUUUUAUCAGCAAGAAAAUAAGAAUUUGGUAAAUGUUAUAAGGAAACAGAAUAUCGACAUUAAAAGGUUGAGCGGCGAAGUUACAUACCUCAGAAGCAUUCUAAACAACAACACGAGUAUCACUGCGUUGCUUAAGACUAUCAAUGAAGGCCUCCGAAAAAUGAGUACACAGAAGAAUAAUUCGUUACACCCAAACCAUGUCUCCGAAUAUCCAGUUGAACUGGAAACCCGUCACAAAUGUACGUGUUACCCGAAUGCUAAGGAGAAUAUAUUUAAUGUUGAAAGUGGUAACAUGCUUGUUACAAAUGUUAACAAUGAUACGUUAACGGAGCAAAGUACAAUUGAGAAUAAUGUCAGUGAAUCUCAUCUCGAUACGAAAAAAGGAAUCACAUUGGAUACCAAGAAUAAUUCGAAAAGUAAAAAUCUGAUAAAUAUAAUAACUUCAACAACAGAUUCAAUAUCUGAAGACAGUUACAUGGACAAUACAAAAGAUUUGGAUGAUUUGUUACCAAUUACUCAAGCUGAUUUAUCCAAUAUUAAUGGGAAGAAGAAUAAUGAUGCUAUCGGAAUUGAUUUCGAUCAAUUAUCGACAUUCAAUAUGGAUAUAUUUGAAGAUCUUCCUAAGUGUGAUGAAAUGAUGAACACAGUGGAUAAUUUAAAUGAUUCAUCCAAUCUUUUUGCGGAGGAAGAAAUUUCUCCAAAUUUAGAUAAUACUGGAAUAUGCCUUCAUGUAAAUUCCGAUAAAGUAUCUUUGGAAUUUUGCUCCAUUUGCCAUUUAAAUAGCAAGAACACAGGAUCGAAUUGAAGGGGGAAUUGAUCGUAAUUUAAGCUCACUCGAUAAUGAGUCCUACCUAGAAGAGACUAGAGAUUCAGCCAAGGAGUAUAAAAGUAUUUCAUGAUCAGUGGAGUAUCAAAUAUAAGAGAAGAAUAGGACAAUGUAUAUCAAGAAGAUAUAUAUCACCAUCUAGGUCUACCUGUUGUUUCAACAUCAUGAGACCAUUUUCCUUGUGGAGCGAAAGUUGCGUUAAUUAGUAUUCAUGUUAUAUAUAUAUAUAUGUAAUAUAUAUACAUGCAUGCAUGCAACAUAUAUAUGUUGACAUGUUCAUACUUCUCUUAUAAGUAUCAAAAUUUGGUAAAACUUUUUAUAAUUAUGACUGGUAACGAGUAAUAGUAUACGACUAUUUGUCACUCUAGACUGCAUUGCUAAUCCUUUUCAGGGAUGACAUUGAACAAGUGAAUCAUUUUUAUAAAAUUUUAUUAUGUUUAGUUAUAGUCAAUAAUG